AUGAAGAGCCUGUGGAAGCAGAGCGGCGGCCUGGUGUGCGCGGACGCCGGGCCGCUCAGCCCGCUCGGAGGCCGCUCCCGGCGCCGCGCGAGGCUCACGCUGUACGCGUUCGCGGUCGCCUUCGCCGCGUUCACCUUCUACGUCGCCUUAGCCUCGCCUCCCUCCUCCGCGGGCGCCGGCGCCGGCGCCUCGUGGUUUGGCGGAGUGUACGCGUCCACGGCGCCGUACCGCUCGCAGAUUUCCAGCCUCUUCUCGUCCAUCUUGCCCGCCGACUCGCCCGCCCCCUCGCCAGAGCCGCUGCGCGUCACGUCCGGCGGAUCGGGCGGAGGCGGUGGCCAGGUGACCCGUGAUGCGAGCACUGUGCAAGUCGGGAGCGCGGCGGGAAGCAACAGCUCUGCCACGGCUGGGUCUAGUAAGCAGCUGGGAAGUGGAGGCGCCGCUCCGAUCGGCAAUGGGGGCGCUGGGAGCGUGCCUCUGGCAGCCGAUUUGGCCGGUACUGGCAUUGGCGGAGGCGGAGCUCCAACGAACAGUUCCGCCUCAAGUGACGGUGCUCCGAACGACGCGGUGGAUCUGAAUAAACGAAGCCACGGAGGCGUUUCCACGGGAGGCGGCAGUGGAUCCCCGGCCAGUAGUUCACCCGUACAUGGAGCCGCCGCGGAGGUCGGCGACAAUAGCGUCGAUGGGCCUAAUAAGCAGUCGGGAAGUGGAAGCGGAGCCCUGAGCAAUGCUGCUGCCGGACAUGGCAGCACUGUCAGAGCUGAGGCCAAAGUUGCAAGUGAUGUUUCCACCAAUAGUUCUGCGGGGAGUGGCAGCUUGGGGAAGGUAGAUUUGAGCACUGGAUCUUCUAAUAAUCUGGCAGGGAGUGGAAGUGGCGUUUCAGGCAGUGGUUCGGUUGCUGGAAAUAGCAGCACUGUAAAGCCUCAUGCUGGAGAUGCUGUUCGAGCCGGGAGCAGGGGUUCUUCUGGAAAUGGCACUGAUACCAAGGUUGAUCUGAAUAAAGGUUCAGAUGCUCAGCUAGGAAAUCCAAAUGGAGAUGCAAGCCAUACAUCAGAUGUAAGUUCUAGUUUGGGGAAGAGUAAAGAUACAAUGGCUGUGACCAGUGAGAGUUCGAGUUCAGAUGCUCAACCAGACAGUGGAAGUGGAGAUGCAAGCCAUCAAUCACCUGGAAGUUCUAGUCCAGUAAAGAGCAAUGCUGGAGAUGGCGAAGUUGAGGGCAGUAAGGGAAAUGUGAGUGUCAUUCCAACUAGUAAUCAAACUGGGAGUCUGGCAUUGGUAGGGCAGAAAGAUGUUGGAUCUCCCAGGAACAACAACACAGUUGUAGCGUCUCCCCCUGUGAAGAAUCAGGAACAGACCCAGAGCCAAGUUGCUCCCAGCGGGAGCACUGAUACAGUGAAUAAUCCGAAGGGAGAUGCUGCUCAGGGCAGUGCUGGUUCAUCAGAGAACCAUUCGGCCCAAGCAAACUCCUCAAAAUCUGGAAAUUACAGUAAGGGUAACAGGUCAUCAAUAAAACAGGAUGGUGGUUCUGGUGGAAAUAAGAAAGCUGAUUGGUUCAAGGAAGUGGCUAGUUGCGAUAUGUUCCAUGGGAAUUGGGUUAGGGAUGACUCAUACCCUCUCUACCCUGAGGGAUCAUGUCCUCACAUUGAUGAGCCCUUUGACUGCUAUCUCAACGGUCGGCGAGAUCUAGCUUACCAGAAGCUCCGCUGGCAACCCAGUGGAUGCAGUAUCCCAAGAUUGAACCCAACCGAUAUGUUGGAGAGGCUGAGAGGAAAAAGACUUGUUUUCGUUGGUGAUUCACUCAAUAGGAACAUGUGGGAAUCCCUUGUGUGUAUUUUGAGGAAUUCUGUCAAAGACAAGAGGAAGGUUUUCGAGGCAUCUGGCAGGCGUGAGUUUAAGACUGAAGGCUCAUACUCUUUCCUGUUCACGGAUUAUAACUGCAGCGUGGAGUUCUUCCGCUCCCCAUUCCUAGUCCAGGAAUGGGAGAUGCAAGUGAGCAGUGGAAAGAAAAAGGAAACUCUCAGGCUUGAUCUGGUCGAGCAAUCAUCAUUGAAGUACAAGGAUGCAGACUUUCUCAUUUUCAAUACUGGGCAUUGGUGGACACAUGAGAAAACUGCUCUUGGGAAGGACUACUAUCAGGAAGGUAACCAUGUGUAUAAUGAGCUAAAUGUCAUGGAUGCCUUUCAUAAAGCUCUUCUCACCUGGUCCAAGUGGAUUGAUGCCAAUGUUAACCCCAGAAAAACUGCUGUGUUAUUCAGAGGCUACUCAGCAUCUCAUUUUAGUGGCGGCCAAUGGAAUUCAGGUGGUAGCUGUGACAAGGAGAGCGAACCAAUAACCAAUGAACAGUACCUUUCAACCUACCCACCAAAGAUGAGCAUUCUGGAAGAUGUGAUCCACAAGAUGAAAACUCCUGUUGUUUAUUUGAACAUAACGAGAAUGACUGACUACAGAAAGGAUGCACACCCUUCCAUCUACCGCAAGCAGAAUCUUACUGAUGAGGAGAGGAGAUCGCCGGAAAGAUAUCAGGACUGCAGCCACUGGUGCCUUCCUGGAGUACCAGAUUCCUGGAAUGAACUGGUUUAUGCUCAACUUUUGAUCAGGCAGCAUCAAAUGCGCCAACAAUAA